AUGGGUUACCAUUGCCCUUCUCCCCUCUCAACACCAGGUGGCACCCCGCGGACACCCAAGAUCAUCGAGACCUCCACGCCGUGGUCCGACGUUCUCCUGGAGGACUUGCAUACCACGAUACAGUUCCAUCCGCCAGCCAGACUCCGAGAGCACCAGAUCCACGUCCAGGGCCAGGCAGAGGAGCUGGAUCUGCCGAAUCUUGAUGCUUUGCAGUUCAUAGAUGCGAAUCAUCCGUAUCUUCGCUACGUGGGUCGCUGGCUGGCAACAGCAGACGAGACGCAUAAGGACGGAUCUUUCCCAGGAGUAUACUUCGACUUUGCGCUCAAUGGGACCAGCACCUUGCUUCUCUCCCUUCACAACAGCGACGGCCAACGAGAUAAUCCCACAACGAGAAAAUCUAGAACGAUCUCCUCGACGUUACCUUUCCUACCACUGACAAACACUUCCAGUGCAGCACCAAUAUCCUUGCUAGUCAGAGUCGACGACGAAGAAUACGUCGUCCUCCCAAGAGCCACGUCAUUGGUCUCCAUCAGCCGGGGAAAGCUGAAUCCUCUCGCGUCCCACGAGAUCCGCAUUAUUGCUCCUAUGGCUGGAGGUGAUGCUGUCGAGACACUGCAAGUAGAAGGGAUCUGGAUCGAUAAAAGCGGCCAACUGCUCCCGUACGAAGACAGCUUGAAUGCGGAUCGCCUAUUUGAGGACCGGCUACUGAACAGCCACCCUCGAAAGAUGCUUGAAAUCGUGACGGACCUACCUGGAUCGAUGUCUGGAAGAGAUAGCCGAAAGAAUACCGGGGAUGGUCGUGCUAUUCUUGGAGGCGUACUGGGAUGGGAGUACUUGCUAGGAGAGAUGUUCGGAAGUGACCAUGUUACGAUCGGGAUGGAUGGCAUAUGUCUGAUCUCGAAGUGUAUAGGUGGUCGUGGAGCUCCUGCUGGCCUUGCUGACGUCUUCUUCCAGAGUGGCCCCGCUGGGUCAGAGCAAUUCAACCAUCCGUGGCUCUUCCAAGAAUACACUCCCGAUGUCAUGAUUCUGAACAUCGGAAGCUCUGAUUACGAUUCGUUUCAGACACAUAUCCAAGAAUACAACAGGACGAUGUGGGAGCUGAGUGUUUUAUUUGAGGAAACCUAUGUCUCAAUGAUCCAGGCAAUCAGGACACUGGCCUACCCCAAAUACUCGGCUGCCACCAUGGACUCGACCCGGUACAUCUAUUCCGCCCAGAAUGCUGCCGCCGGAGUUCCCAUUUUCGUCAUGAGGCCAUUCCGGGGACAACUUGAGCAAGCUACACAUGCAGUUGUCGACCGACUUCGAAUGGAUGGUGAUAAGAAUGUCUUUUGGCUUGAUACCUCUGGUUGGCUCAACACCGAGGUAAAUUUCGAUGGGCGAGGAGAGGACCAGGACUUUUUUCUUGACGAAGAGAGUACUUCCAAGCCAUGGCGCCUAACGGAGCGAGGGAACCAGCGAGUGGCGAUUCUUCUACACAUGCACGUCUGCAGAUUUCUGGCCCGCGAGACCGAGAAGUGUGCCUUUCUCCCUCCGGAGAUCUAUCUGGGAAAGGCACUCGAUCAUGGGGCAAUCCGCUUUAACGAGCUCCUUGAGGGUGAACAAGCGACGAAGUUGAAGAAGCUUCUCUGGCAACGAUGA